ACACGAUGACAUCUCUGAGGUUUGUCUUUUUCCAUCUGACAUGUUUGUUCUUGAGGAUAAUGGCUCAGACAGCUACUCAGAAGUUUUCCUCAUCUGUUCAUCCAGACGGAGGUUUAUUAUCAGUGAAAACUGGGGAUGACUUGACUCUAACGUGUUUCUAUAAUGCUGAUGUUUCUGCGAAACUUUACUGGUACAAACAACCUAUGGGACAGAAACCACAGCUCAUCUCUACCUUCUACAAGUUUCAUAAAAAUGGGACUUUUCAUGGUGAAUUCAAGAACAAGCCACGCUUCACACUGGAUACAGGGGAUGGUAAAAAUCACUUAAAGAUCUCAGAUCUGCAUAUUUCAGACUCUGCUGUAUACAGCUGCAUAAGUUGUUUUGCAAACGCAUUUGAAAUUUCAGAGAGUAUUACUGUCAGUGUGACGGGUUCAGCUUGGGUCCAUCAGUCAGCAUCUGAGAUCAUCCAGCCAGGAGGCUCUGUGACUCUGAACUGUACAGUACACACUGGGACCUGUGAUGGAGAACACAGUGUUUACUGGUUCAAACGCUCUCAAGAAUCUCAUCCAGGACUCAUUUACACCCAUGGAGGCAGGAAUGAUCAGUGUGAGAGGAAAGACAGCACACAAACACACACCUGUGUCUACAACUUACCAAUGAAGAGCCUGAAUCUUUCUCAUGCUGGGACCUACUACUGUGCUGUUGCCUCAUGUGGAUACAUAUUGUUUGGAAAUGGGACCAAGCUGGACUUCAAAGACAAAGUGGACUCUCCUGUGUUGGUGUUUUUCUUGAGUGGAGCUUUGACACUCACCACCAUCCUGGUAGUUUUACUGGCUCUCUCAGUGUUCAAGAUGAGGAAGGGAAACACUUAUCAGUCUACAGAGUCUCAAGCAAGAUUAUCCGCUCCCUCCACAACAAAUGCAGAGGGUCACGGAGACGCAGACAACCUUCAUUAUGCAGCUUUAAGUGUCAAGCUGCCCAAUAGCUCACGAAGACAGAGGAACAACACCAACAAUGAAUGUGUGUACUCCAGUGUGAAGCUCUAGACCUGGACCUGUUUCAUGACUACUUUUUUAUUAAAGAUCGAUUUUACUUUCAAUGCCAACAGUUAGUACCAAUGUGAGAAGUGAAGAGUUGGCUGGGUGGAUCGCUACGUAAAUUAUACCAGACCGUAUCUCCUCAAAGACCUGUUGGUUACAAUGGCCCUUCUUUUACCUUUAAAAUAAGUUUCUUUUAUCAUAUUUACCAGGUAAAUAAGUUGCCUUACUAUGCUACUAUACUAUCUACAAUAGUUAGUUGUUUUUUGUCUGACAUAUCAUUCAUAACAUAGUUUUUCAUGCACAUAUAUAAAGAAAACAGGAACAUUAUCACAAAGGUGAUGACACUUCCGACCUCAACACCUAUAGGCCUGUAAACAAGCUGUUCUGCAGUCUCAUUGGUCAGCUCACCAUACAGUCCUUUGAUGCCGUCCUUCAAUCACAGAGGUCAGGACGCCAACUCAUAAUACAAUAACUGCUUGUUCCAGAUGACAAUAUUAAUUUGCUUCACUGCAAAUCUGUUCAAAGU